GAUUUACUGAAACACAACAAACAAGAUGGCGGCGACCGACGGAGAGAGAAACCACGUCACGGGCCAACUGGAGUUCUCUCUGGACGUGCCCUUCCCGUCCCCCCGGGAAGCGUCCAUCGCGCUGCGCUCUCUGUCUCCGGACCGCGAGCCGAGGAGAAGCGGCAUCAGCAAACAUCUGGCGCUGAGCGGCAGCACGUUGACCGCGAAGUGGAGCGCAGACGAAGCUCGAAUCCUCCGAGUGUCGGUGAACUCGUUCCUGGAUCACCUGACGCUGGUGAUGGAGACCAUGGAGAUGUUCGGCCCCCCCGAGACCCCGUGAAGUCACCUGACCCGGUGGAGUCACCUGACCCGGUGGAGUCACGUCCCGUCGUCCAGACUUUAAACACUUUACUUGGACCAAAGAACCCGGCGGCUCGGUUCCGUUGGGUUCUUGUUCUUCCUCCUUUUGUAUAAACAUGUGGUUCCUCGUUUGACCAGCAGAGGGCGCCGGGGACUAAAUAUCUGAUCCAGUCACGCAAUUAAAAUGUGAAUAAUAAAAACCGUUUUCUCUGUU